UACUGUAUACGGGACACACCCCACAUAUAUACUGUAUACGGGACACACCCCACAUAUAUACUGUAUACGGGACACACCCCACAUAUAUACUGUAUACGGGACACACCCCACAUAAAUAACGUAUACGGGACACACCCCACAUAUAUACUGUAUACAGGACACACCCCACAUAUAUACUGUAUACAGGACACACCCCACAUAUAUAUACUGUAUACGGGACACACCCCACAUAUAUACUGUAUACAGGACACACCCCACAUAUAUACUGUAUACAGGACACACCCCACAUAUAUACUGUAUACGGGACACAACCCCACAUAUAUAACGUAUACGGGACACACCCCACAUAUAUACUGUAAACAGGACACACCCCACAUAUAUACUGUAUACAGGACACACCCCACAUAUAUAUACUGUAUACGGGACACACCCCACAUAUAUACUGUAUACGGGACACACCCCACAUAUAUAACGUAUACGGGACACACCCCACAUAUAUACUGUAUACAGGACACACCCCACAUAUAUAUACUGUAUACGGGACACACCCCACAUAUAUACUGUAUACGGGACACACCCCACAUAUAUACUGUAUACGGGACACACCCCACAUAUAUACUGUAUACAGGACACACCCCACAUAUAUACUGUAUACGGGACACACCGCACAUAUGUACCGUAUACGGGACAACCCGCACAUAUGUACCGUAUACGGGACACCCCCCACAUAUGUACCGUAUACGGGACACACCCCACAUAUGUACCGUAUACGGGACACACCCCCCACAUAUGUACCGUAUACGGGACACA